AUGGCUGCUGCUGCCGCCCUCGACAUGGCCUCCGCGACCAUCACAGGGCUGCCUUCGUUGUGCACGACGACUCUCCUGCCCGACAGUGGCAUUAUGACACUCGGAUUCGACGGCGUCCCUGUACCAUUGACCGAACCGGCUGUAUAUCAAGUCCCAUGCCCGACCCCCGAUCUCUUGCCUCGAGCCGAGUAUUCCGUGACGGUUGCUGCUUCAGGCGACGAGAGCAGCCUCACUCAGCAUGACGCAUCUGAUAGCAGCCCCAAAUUCUCCGACUUCCGCGAUCCCUUUUACGCCUCUACUUUUCCGAUAUGCUACGCCCUUGCCGCGACUACUGUCACCGCCUACAUGCUCGUUAUUAUGCUAUUCGUCACACCGCGGUCGUUUCUCGACGGUGGAAUCGUUUACCUGGGCCGACGAUCCGCUUUCACUCACAGUUCAUCCAGCAGUAUCACGAUUGGUGGCCGACCAUGGCUACAGAAAGUUGCUGCUUUGACUGUUGCCAUCUCGCUAACGAUUGCCUCGGCUGACACCUUUCAUGCUGCCAAAAGUCAGUACAUGUGGGGGAUUCAGAACGCGAAUCAACUUCAGGACGAAGUGAUGAAUAGCGUGGAACUCAAAGUUAUCCGGCUUGUCUCCGAUACCUUUUUAUGGUUGGCUCAGGCUCAGACUCUAAUCCGACUCUUUCCCCGGCACCGAGAAAAGAUCAUUAUCAAAUGGGUCGCGUUCGCACUCAUCACUCUCGAUGUUGUCUUCAGUGCCAUUACCAGUUUCAAAUACUCGGAAAAUGGCAUCAACACCACCGCGCGGCCCAAAAACUUUGUCCAUCCCGUGCCCGCUCUCAGCUAUCUGUUUCAGCUCUCCCUCGGGCUGUUGUACGCAGCAUGGGUUGUUUACUAUGCGCUUAUGAAGAAGCGCUAUUCUUUCUACCACCCCUUUAUGAAGAACAUUAGCUUCGUCGCCAUCAUCUCGCUUAUCUCAAUUCUGAUUCCCGUCGUAUUUUUCAUUCUCGAUAUCUCUCAGCCUGAUUUCACUGGAUGGGGCGACUACGUGCGAUGGGUUGGUGCUGCAGCUGCCAGUGUCGUGGUCUGGGAGUGGGUGGAAAGGAUUGAGGCUCUGGAACGAGAGGAGAAAAAGGAUGGUAUACUUGGACGUGAAGUCUUUGACGGAGACGAUACACUCGAAAUCAAUGCAUCCGAGUUUCCGUGGCUCCGGAAUCGCAAGAGCCGAAAAGGAGGCAGCUCAGGAAGUAGCGGCGACGGCGAUCGACAGCAAAUGACUUCGUCUGCUGCCAACGGUUGGCCGACUGUUUCCUCCAUUGCCAACAGAUACCGAGGGCAGAGCAACGGCGCUUUUGCCGAGACUACUGAGCAAUUCACACAAAGAAGCACAGGCAGAGGUUUGCGGCCCAACAUCUGGCCAGCUCGCCCGGCGCCUGCUGUGACCCCUAUUAGCCGAACAGAUACGGCCAGCGCAGCCAGCACGGUUUAUGCCGUCAGAUAUCAAGCACCCUCAGAAACCACAUCGCGAACACCAGACCCUCUACCACAACCUAGUGUGAUCGAUCUGAGUCAACAGAGCAGCACUCCCCCAAGCCAACACACGCAUGAUGAAUCCAAUUCUUCAAAUCAAGCUCCAGCUUCUGUACAACAUGGACAUGUCGUGUCAUCGCCCUCACAACAAUCCGCCGAUCUAGAGGCAAACUUGACAAGCUCACCUGUCCAGGGCGGUUGGCGAAGUCUUGCAAUUGCUGGCCCCAGGGCUGGUCAAUCGGGUGAGGAUGCGACACGGGGGAUGAUCCAGCAUUCAGACAACAAUCCAGUCGCGGAACGCGAAGGAAGGGCAAAUAGUUCGAGCCGAUGGGAUCUCAGAGCUCGCCUGGAAGAUUUUGCGGCCAAUCAAGCAGAGAAAUUACGGGACCGCAUGCGCACAGCUCCUAAUACCGAGAGUCUUCCUGUAACGGUUAUUCCGGCACCUCCGCGAAGAGGCGCAGCGCUGCAGCAGGUGCUCGAGGAAGAAGAGCUCAACACAUCAGAGCAGGGCUCGCCAGGUCGGGAACCUUUGACGUCACAAAACAGGAGCACGAACAGCCCUAGCAACGCAUCUCGAGACGCAACAGGAGAAAUUUCACAACUAGACAGGAGUCGAAGCACGUUCUCGGGCAGCCAAGGCGAUGGGCCGAUCCCACCAAAUAACCCACCACUAUGGCGGGGUGUUCGGCCGAGAAUGACUCCCGACGAAGAUUACUAUGAUGAUUCUGACGAUGGAUCACUGUCAGGCAGGUCAUCAUUGGAUCAUCGAAGGCAAGAUUCGGACUCGUCGGGUCUGCACCGAUCGAGUUGA